GCUACUAGAUUCUCGCAAAUUCAAUUCAAUCAUGGACAACCAGAAAAACAAACCCGUUGAUUCAACGUGGACUAAUCACGACCGUUCGUUGUUUCUACAUGCAGUCGCCAACGGCCCGGAUGAUAUCGCCGGAAGAUGGGAGGAGAUGGCCAAUGCGAUUCCGGGCAAGACUCCGGAGGAGGUGAAAGCGUACUACGAGGCGGUGGAACACGAUUUACUUGAAAUUGAAGCCGGUCGGGUUGAGUUACCGAAUUAUAAUGAUGAUAUUGGUGAUGAGUUUGUUGUUACCGUGAAAAAAGAAGAUGAAGCGGUUGGGAAUUUGGAUUCGGAGAUGGGGAAUGGAACGAAACGUGUGGAAAAAGAGAGGAAGAAAGCGACUCCAUGGACCGAAGAAGAACACAGGAGAUUCCUGCAGGGGCUUAAGGUUUAUGGAAAGGGGGACUGGCGCAGCAUUUCGAGAAUCAUGGUGGUUACGAGGACGGCUACACAAGUUGCUAGCCAUGCUCAAAAGUAUUUCCUCAGGCAGGCGUCACUCAAGGAAGAUAAUAACAAGGAUGAAAAUAAAAAGAAGAAGAAGAGGAGAAGGUGUAGUAUUCAUGAUAUCACCACCGCGGAUGUACCCGUGGUGGUGGACACACAGCCGAGUUCAUCGACACCACCAACCUCUAGUUUGAAUGGUAGUCAAGGAAGAGGAGUGCCAACACCAACACCAACACCAUCAUCACCCCAUGAGGGACAAUUCAAUGGCAUUGGCAGCCAAGGAAGAGGAUAAUCAUCGCUAAAACUAUGGUCGGGAAUUCAGGGCGUUACAACCACCGUUACCACCAUGGUGGUGCACACACAGCCGAUAUCAUCAACACCACCACCAGCCACUAGUUUCUAUGGUGGUAGCAAUGGUAGAGCAGUACCAACGACAAUAGCAACAUCGUCGUCCCAUUAUUUCUGUGGCGGUCAAGGAAGAGGAGGAGGACAACCGCCCACUAAUUUCUAUGGGGGACAAGGAGGAGGUGCACCGCAGCCGCUCAAUAGUUUCUACGGCGGCCAAGGAAGAGGAGUACCGACACUGCCAGCCACUAAUUUCUAUAGUGAGCAAGGAAGGGCACCACCGCGGUAUGAGUUUAUAAAAAAUUUGGCUCCUACCCAUGUUAAAGAUUACUCUUUAGAUGAAGACUUUAGUUUUAAAAACAGCUACUUUAGUGAGACUAACCUUUGAAUAGGACAGAGUUAACCUCCAGUUAACCAUCAAAGCAAAUUGAAUUGUGAAUAGGUAACAAUAUGAACCAAGAGACAAUUGUGAAUAGUGAUUUGAUUUGAUAUGA